GUUGUAACGAUGAAUAAACAGGAUUAUAUACAGGACGUAUGUCAAGCUAGCCUUUCAGUAGAUGAAAACCUUCGAUCAUUUCGUUCAACUUUUUAUCAGCAGACUUUCAAGACGUUUGAAAAUUCAGAAGUUUGCCAGACUAUUAGUUCGAAUGAGGCCGUCCAGCAAUUUGAAGAACUACUGCAUAAUCACAUUGAGCUAGUUGAACAAGUAAGACUUUAGAAAAAAUGAUGAAUUACUUUUUGCCGCUUUAUCCUUAUACAACCGUAGUUCUACCAUAUUCCUGCCAUGCGAAGAGAGCGUGAUUCUUUCACACAGCUAUUGUCCAUAUGGACAUUUUGCAGAAUCCUAUAUUUUCUAAAAGACAAAGACUUAUUUCCUCCACUUAUGCGCUGGUUCAACGACUUUAACAAAGCUUUAUUCUUUGAGUAUGACAAAUACUCUAUCUAUCACAAUAAGUCAGCGCCGAUUUUUCAUGAAGAUUAUUGGAAAUAUGCCACCCGUAUGGCUGUGUUAGGCCAGCACGAUCAACUUGUCGAUUUACUUGGGCAUACUUUAAAGAGAACAUCCAGUAACCGACUGACAGCAAGAAUAGAAGAGUUAUACAAGCUGAUAGAAGGAAAAGAGGGUAGACGCUUCGAUAAAAACGGCCUUAAAGAGAUCAAGGCUAAAACUGAAAAACUUGGGGCAAAAAAUGAGACGACACAACUUCAAAUCAAUAAUUUACUGUCACUUAUCCACAUUUUAAUGGGAGAUGAGGGCACGAUUUGGCGACAUACAAAGGAUGACCUUCACGCGUUCAUUUGCAUUUUUUAUUAUAAAGGCGAAGACAGCAUCAACUUUUCUACUGCAGCGUCAGACUUUUACAAGCGAUACCCAACAGAAACUAAGACAGUCUAUGAACAUUUACUAAAAAAACGUUUUGAUGAGGCUCUUGAAUUGUGUGCAGUGAAUGACUGGUGGCUGCUAUGUCAUAUGCCAAAUUUAUUCAGUGAGAUGAAAGGCGCAUUUAGUAAAAUGAUGGCCAUUGAAACUAAAAAGAAGGAAGCACCAUUUUUAGUCCCAUUGAAAAAUCACACAAGACUUUAUUAUGCAUCAGCUUUACUCAACACAUUUGGAUUGUGGAAAGAGGCUUUCACUUAUAUGCUACAGUGCGAGGAUUUGGGAAAAGAUGUUAUACAAGAGCAUAUGAGAACUAUAGAUAUCUCCAAGUUGGAUGACGAAAAGAUGGAUGAUUACGUUCAGUUCUGUCAAGAUCAUUCCAUCAGAUCCAUCGGAGAUGAACUUUGCAUGAGAAAGGCGAGCUAUCUUUUGUCCAUCAGAGACUUUAAAGGAGCCCUAACCUAUUAUAGCAAAGCAAAUGCUUACCAGCAAGUGGACUCUGUAUUUGAAGAGAUCCUUUCUGAUUACGUUAAACAGGGCACAACGAUCGAUCUACAGGCACUUUCAAAUCAAUUUUCUGGCUUUCACCACACAUUAUAUUCUCUUUUAUGGAGUAUGAAUCAGUAUUUAUCGCAGUUGGAUAUUACUCAAGCAGCAGAGGCGUACAAAAAAUUGAUUCGCUUGGAUCCUAUCCCUAUGCGCCUGAUACCCAUUGUACUCUGGGAAGGAUUGAGGAUUAUUGAAGGUUAUGUCCAUAUUGUAAAGCUGAAUACGCAAGAGGUGGAAGUUAUCAAGAGACUUUGGAGCACUAUAAGCAAAAACGAUGAUCCUGUUACUUAUGAACUAUUCUAUUACUAUAUCCAAAAAGACAAAGAUGGUUUAGUGCAGCCCACAGUGGAGGCGUUGGCGCAAUGCGCACGACAAUUCCUUGAUGCUACCAGUCUCAGGUAUUCUGUGGCUUUUUCAAAAGCUGGCUGCUAAUUCAUUAAAGAAAUCGCUGGAACAGACUUUCUCGCUGAACUCGCUCAAAAACAUAAUGACAUAUAGAAUUAUAUACCCCUUUCCAUUCCAUGAAUAAAGUUGC